UAUUAUUACCAACUGCGCACCGAAGACGUGUUUCCGUUUACUUGUGCCGAAAAACAAAACAAACAAGAUGGCGUACCAAACUUUUCAGCAGGAGUAUUUUCAAAUACCCGUGGUCACUAGAAUAUAUACAACAGCAUGUUUUUUUACGACGUCAGCUGUGCAAUUGGAUUUGGUGACACCAUUUCAGCUUUACUUCAAUCCAGAAUUGAUAUUUAGACAAUACCAAGUAUGGCGUCUUGUAACGAAUUUCUUAUUUUUUGGAACAUUUGGUUUUAAUUUUUUAUUUAAUAUGAUUUUUACGUAUCGAUAUUGUAGAAUGCUGGAGGAAGGAUCAUUUCGAGGAAGAACUCUGGAUUUUGUGUUAAUGUUUUUGUUUGGUGGUUUCUUAAUGACAAUUAUAGCUAUUUUCGUCAAUCUAGUGUUUUUAGGUCAGGCUUUUACGAUUAUGUUAGUUUACAUCUGGAGUCGUAGAAAUCCUUACGUGCGGAUGAAUUUCUUUGGUUUGAUGAACUUUCAAGCUCCGUAUCUACCUUGGGUGCUUCUUGGUUUUUCACUGCUUCUUGGAAAUUCAGUUGUUGUAGAUUUAAUGGGCAUCGCCGUUGGUCACGUGUACUACUUUUUAGAAGACGUGUUUCCACAGCAACCAGGUGGAUUUCGAUUGUUGGCUGUACCAGAAUCUAUUAAGCGUAUAUUUGAAAGACCAGAUGUAGACUAUCAACCCAUGCCAGAAGCUGAGCGACCAGGCGGAUUUAAUUUUGGUGGUGAGCCUGCAGCCGGUCAGGCUGACGACGAAAAUGAAGACAGAUAAAGUAUAGACAGACUAAUCAACCCGUAAAUUUUGAUGUUUUAAGGUGUUUUCUAAUAUUGUCGCUGUAAAAUAAUAAUAAUAAUUAUUUAAAAGAUUUAUAUACUUAUGAA